GCGCGCCUUCACCAAUCCGGGCCGAGAGAGGGACGGUUUGAGUUCAAAAUUUGCUGAUAGACUUUGGAUGACAACUUGCGCCCAUUCCAAGCUAGUUAGCUAAGCUUAUUGACACCCUAAUGAAAAUACGAAAACGAACCCAGAAGAUUGUGUAAUAUAUUUCUGUUUGAUUAAACAUGUCGAAGAAAGAAAUUUACUACUCUGACAAGUACACAGAUGAAGCAUUCGAGUACAGGCAUGUUAUGCUCCCGAAACAGUUAUCCAAGCUGGUGCCCACCUCUCAUUUGAUGACAGAAGAUGAAUGGAGGGGUCUGGGGGUGCAGCAGAGCCAGGGCUGGAUCCACUACAUGAUCCACAAGCCAGAGCCGCAUAUAUUGCUUUUCCGAAGACCUCUUCCAAAGGAUUGAGUGGAAAUCAUCUUCCACGUCCCGGAAAACCGCCUCAGUUGAAUUGUAUGGUCUUUGUUGACUAAACAAGAUGUACAUCUCUCCAUGUGUUUUGGUGUAUAGAAUAGACCGUUUAUUUUCAGUUUUUUUAAACUCCUCAAAAUAUUGGCGGUAUGAUCGAGGUAGCCCAAGGAGAGUGGAAGGCAGAAUGCUCGGCCCUGACUAAGAGAUGGUGAGCAGUUCUGCUUUGAUAAGUGGCAACAUGAAGAUGGAAUUUCUCUCAUGAGACUUUACCGAGCUUGAAUAUCAUUUGGUACACUUUUAUUGAUGUUUACUUGUCAAUAUAUGUUGUAUUAAUGAGCAUAGUGGUCAAAUGUAGUUAUUUUUUUCUUGAACGUGGAACAUUUUAUUCAAAGAAGAAAUGUUUUUAUUUUAUUUGUUUUUCUCUGUGUGUGUGUGUGUGUGUGUGUGUGUGUGUAUUAUCAGACAGUAUACGUUUUGACUGACUAGAGUCACAUUUCUGUUCAUUCUAAAUAGCACUGUUGCUGGAUAGUACGUAAAUACAAUAUAUUUCUUUA